GCAGGAGGUAUGUAUAAAUACAUAUUUUAAAUUAAACAAUAUAAAAAUAAACUUACAAAGCUUAAUAAUGGCCUGGGCGAUGGCCAUGGCCUAGUUGCAUGUAAGAUUGUGAUUUGUGACCAAAAUAGAAGCAUUAAAGAGGUCCAUACUAAAAAUAAAGAACUGGAACUUUUGUACAUCUGCCUUUGAACCUACUUCAAGACUUUAAAAGCAAGUGUAUGAAUAAUGAUAAAAUUCUUAAAACUCCUCCAAAAAUAAAUCAAGAAAAUACCUACACAUAACAGAUAAGAUUCAGAACUCGAAACUAGAUUAGAAUUUGGCAUCGAUAGCCAUAUUGAGUCACACGAUAAUGCAAUACGAGACGAUACUAUAAGUAUAUCUGAUAACGCCCUAUUCAGGUGUUGGUGUUAGUGUGCCAUUACAUUAGCUAGUAACCAUGAGUGCCAUAAAAAAUUACUUUCAGCAAGAAUGCAAGUUCCCCAUGUUAGGUUUGGAGCAUUCAAAGCCUUCGGAUUUUUAUACUAGCGUCUGGCAAAGCACGCGUUCUUCGGUCCCACUUUUAUUAUGGAGGGUGUUGCUUUUACUAACAUCGGUGGCAAUAGUGAUUACCUCGUUUGCUUUUUACAUAAAAAGUCCGUUUUCUGUUGGAUACUGGUUUAUUUAUUUGACACAUUGGGGCCUGGUGUUGAUGAUAGCAUCCACUGGAUUUGGAGUUGCAACUUCCGCUCGUGUUUAUUUCUAUGGACCCAUCAGCGCUGAUUUGAACUUGCCGUGGUACGUGAAGACAUUCUGGGUGUUUCAUAACGUUGCCAUUCCUGUUGCUUUCCUCAUCACUGUGUUCUACUGGACGUUGCUUUAUAGUGUUGAUUUUCAAGAGGAGAUGGACGCCGGUUUGGACAUAGCAGUUCACGCGGUCAACACGCUCAUGAUGCUACUGCUGCUCAUGAGCUCGUCCCAUCCCACCCGCUUCCUGCAUAUGGUUCAUCCUUUCCUCUUCGCCCUCACUUAUGUGGUAUUCAGCGUCAUAUUCUACUUCGCUGGUGGAGUCAACCCAUUCGGAGAGCCUUGGAUAUAUCCCGUAGUGAACUGGACCAAGCCCGGUCCUACAAUUUUACUAGUAUUUGUGACCGGCGUGAUGCUCAUAGCCCUACACUUUGUCACAGUGGGCCUGGCUGCAGCCCGGGAUGCCCUCGCCAACCGCAUCAUGCGGCCCUCCGUUACUGUCUACGUGGACGAGGACGUGGCUCUACGUACGCACACCGCACAGACAGAAGCAAAUACGUGAUGAUGAAAUAUAGAACUCACCAAUUCAACUACUUACAACACUUCAAAACAAACUUCCAAAUAGACACUCUCAUCCGUCCUUAGCAUCUAAGUACCUAUAUCUUUUGUACACUAACGCACACUACUUAUGGAGGAUAUAGUACCUGCUUAUCUAAGUAGGUAUGUAUAUCAUUUUGCUUUCUUCCGCAACACUUUUCAGAAUAGAUAGUUUACUCAUACGAUAAGUGUUUAAAACAGAUUUACAAUAGUCCAUAGUUCAAACCUGAACAGUGAACAUAUAGAAAAGAAAAACAUAUUUUCAACUUACACAAUUUUUUGAAAAUAUAAACAAUGGACACAUAUUUGAAGUUGAUAACGUGGCGUGGGUAAAACAUGAUACCAAGAGAAAAUUAUAGAAUACAGUUUAAUUCCAGCGAUAAAAUACCUAUUUUCCUUCACAUUAGACUGAAGUCAAAACAAAAUACCGAUUUGUCCAGUCAUUUACUAGACCAUAACUAUUGUAUGGUUCAUAUUGUAAGUUCAUAUCUGUCGAACGUGCAAUUUGCUUCUUUGCGAUUAUGAUUUUGAUGUGUUUCCAAAGAUCAGUACAUAACUAAUAUUUUUAAAAAUAGAUCAUAGCUAUAUUAAGUAGAUUUAGUAUAAUUUUUAAUUAAACAAUACAAUCGUUAUGACAAUCAGUAUAUUCACGUGAAUUUAAUUCUCGUCUCCGCUGUCUAUUUUUUUUCACGUCCUCAUUCCUCACGUUUCACCCGUCAGUAUAAUAUCCCAAUAUCUAGAGCAGCCUUAAAACCGGCUUUAGACUCACACCGAAAACUUCC